AUGGCACAUCUGACGCACUUCACUCUGCAAGUCCACGCCGAGCAUGCCUCCUCCCCCUCCUUAGUCGCGGCGGCUCCCUCGUUUCUAUUCGCCUCGCCCUCCCUCCUCACUCUCUCGCAAUUCCUCGCCGCGCCGCACGAUCGCGCCGUUUUUCUGACCGCGGUGCGGCAGCCGCGCGACGCGGCGUCGCCUUCGUCGUCGGAGUACCUCAUCCGCGACCACGCGGCCCCACGUACUGCCACGUCAGCAGGCCCAUCUGCUGCGUCACCGUUCGGCCCAGACGACUCAUUUCGAGUCGCAGGCGAGGUGGUGGGAUGCGUGCGAGGGAACUACGGCGGCACGCAUUUCAUUCUAGCGUCAUGCACGCCGCGAACCACGGCGACAAAGGAUGGUACCACUAGCAGCGAACCGCACGGAACGGUUACCAACGAUGGCGAAAUGCAUCGAAGCAGCAGCUACGACGAUGUUACAGAAAGCAGGCCGCAACGGGGUGCGGCCGAUGAGCGAGGGCGGGCGCGGGCGCGGGGGCGGGGGGAAGGCGGAGAGAGUGAGGGGAGAGCGCGGAGCGCAUCGGGGGAGGAGAUCUCGCCGCCGCGCGGCGGAAGCAAGAAAGCGGAUGCUCCCGGCAAGGGCGGGAAGGCGGGCAGAGAUUUUAAAUCCGGAAAGGGGUUUCGUCGCAAGAAGGGAAAAUCGUUGUCGCACGGCGAUUUUCUUUUCCCGAGAGGGUUGUCGCAUGUCGAUCGUGCGUCGUCCAGCCUCGCCGGUGCUGCCGUGAUCGACGGCGAUGCGCCUGCCUCCGAAAACGCCGACGCGUCUCCCCGGCACGUGGCUUCAGAGCGAGCGGCCUUCGCGCCGCUGCUCAUUGGAUGGCUGCCCGCGAAGGGCGGCAGGGGCGGCGGAACGGGGGGGGAAGACGGCGCGAGAGGAUGGGGAGGAGCGGGGGGAGGAGGGGCGCGGGGGAUUGGGGGGUUAGGAGCAGCAGGGGGAUGGCUGACAUGGAAUGCGCGGCGAGGCUCAGGAAAUGCGCGAGCGAAGGGCGACGACGAGCGGACGGGUGACGAGCAGAGCGAGUCGCAGGAAGAAGCGACGCAGGGGGGAGGGUCGCAGCGAGAAGAGUCGCAGAGGGAAGGGGCAGAGAAAGGCAAGCCGCAAAGUGUAUUCGGCGUAUCCUGGACUCAGGUACGACCGCGUCCCCUCUAUACGCAGACUCGCUUUAGUGUAUUGCACGUCGCCGUGUGGAAGCAAGCGCGCGUAACGCCGCACCCGCCCGUCGCCCCCCGCCCGCAGGUGGCGAGUGUCGCGGCGCGGGGAAGCACGGGGGCGCACGCAAGCGGAGAACGCCGCGAGGGGGGUGACAGUAACGAGUUGGAAGCUGUGGGGCCGGAGAACGGGGUCGUGAAGGGCAGCGCAGGAUAUUAUAAAGGGAGUGCGAGUGGGAGUGCUACUGCGGGUGCGAGUAUGAGCAACGCGUUGUGGCGUGUCUUCAGGGGCGCGCAGGAGAGCGGCGAGGAGUGUGCUUGUAACGAGGUGACUGUUGAGUCGAUUGAGAAGUGUUCCAGUAACGAAGGGGCGGAAUGCAAGGGCGCGUUGCACCGUGGCGGCGCGCAGCAGGGGAGCGGCGCGCAGCUGUGGGGCAGCGGCAGGUGGGGGCCGCGCGGGCGCGGAGGCGCGGCGGAGAGCUUGAAGGGCGCGGCUGACAGUUUCAAGGGCGGGGCGGAGAGCUCCGCUUCCGCGUUUCUCCGCGCCAUAAAGGGCGCGGGCGCCCGGGAGAGUGGUGGUGCUGGCGGGGGCGGGGAUGGCGGAGGUGGCGGCGGUGUGGUGGGCAGUUGGGGGAGGGCGAGCGGGGACAGGCGGAGCGGGUGGGCGUGGGUAGACGCGUGGGGGGUCGGAGAGAGGGGCGCGGGCGCGGACGAGGGGAUGCGGAGCAGGUGGGCGGGGAAGGCGGACAGGGAAGGGGUAGAAGGGAAAGACAGGCAAGUGUGUGGAGAUGCGGAGAGUUCAGGGGAGCUUGUGGGGGCGGAAAGGCGGAGAGAGGCAGGGGCGGAGGAGGGGGGCAGUGAAAGUGGGGAAGGGGGGAAGGGAGUGGGGAGUGGGCAGGCGAGGGAAGGGGCCAUAGGGACGGGGGAGGAGAGAAGGCGGAAGCAACAGGGGGAUCAGCGAGUGGGGAGGGCGGGAGAGGGCGGAAGUGACGUGGGCAGUGUUGCUGACGCGGGCAGUGGUGCUGACGUGGACAGUGGGGCGCACAAGGCAGGGGGCGAGCAGGCAGGAGAUACCAAGUCAGCCAGCGUAGUGGAGGGGACGCCAUGGCGGGAGGAGGAGGAACCAGCUGCCAGCGAGGACAGCUGCUGCAGCGGCAACAGCAGGGGGAGCGAGGGGAAUGGGGGGAGUGGGGGGAAUGGGGGGAGUGGGGGAAGCGUUCAAGGCUGUGAGCAGCACGAUUCUGUUGAUGCUGUUGACUCGGUUGACUCGGCUGACUCAGGUGAUUCGGUUGCCUCAGGGGACAGCGUUGACUCGGUUGACUCCACAGAGGACACAGCAUGCUCCAGUGGUGGUGGCGCUGGUGACGGUGGUGCACUGCUGAGGUCAUCUGCAUCCAUGCCCUCGCUGCAGUCCCGCCAUCCAUAUCACCAUCCCCAUGCCCUCGUGCUUGCACACUCCCAUCCGCACGCCCAAGCAUCAGCCAUGGUUCUGAAUUCGCAAGAUGCUGCUGCUCCUCUCAUGCGACCGUCAGCCUCGUUCUCAGGGCCACUGGCGCUGUCAGGAGCACCACCACCACCAUCACCACUAGCUGCGUUCAGCAGGCGGGGCGGGGCGGCAGCAGGAACAUCAGCUAACCCUGGUGGUAACCGCAGCCGCAGCACCAGUGCUGGCAGCAGCAGUGGCAGUGGCAGUGGCAGCGGCAGUGGUAGUGGCAGCGGCAGCGGCAGCAGCGUGCAGCUGGCAGGCAAGGCAGAGGCUCUGAUUCGGUUCAUCGCCUCUCCUGCUGCUGCACCCCCUGCAGUACCCCACGGCAUGCCUCGACUGUGGACCAACACCAGUAGCGCUGGCAGCAGCAUUAGCAGCAGUGGUGGUGGCAGCGGCGGCAGCAGCAGCGGGUGGGUGAUGGAGUGCACUCUGCUGGCAGGGCUGGGACGUACGGCGGGGCAGGGGGGCAGUGGAGAGGGAGGGAGUGGAGGGAACACAGGGCAGGCAGGCCAAGGCACAGAGCAUUUUCGGAAUGUGCAGCUGGUGGCGCAUGUGGGUGGCGCUGCUGCUGUCCCUGCUGCUACUCAUUUGUCUGGUGCUGCUGGUGUUGGUACUGCUGGUGUUGGUGGUGCCACUGCGGUUUUGGAGGUGCAUCUGCGGGAUAAAGGGGAAGGGGAGAGGGUGGGGGGUGGGGACGGGGCAGCAGGGGCGUGUGUGGUGCGGCUGGUGAGGAUGAGGGGAGGACGAGGGGAAGGGGGCAGUGGGGGCGAGGGAGCAGGGCAGGACAGGAGGCAUCUGCAUGCACCAGUGCUCCCCUCACGAGCCCUUGGCAUGUGCGUGGCAUGGCUGGAGAGCGCUGCUGCCAGGCGCCCUGGCAUGUACGGUAGGCAGCAAGUGACCGGCCGGUGGGGCUAG